UUUCUUAGCCUUUGCCGGGUUAGCGCUCCGCCCGACGCAGGCGCAGUAGAGCAAGCGGGUGCGUAGGGACUGCCGCUGAGGCGUAGGUCCGCGCGGAGCCGAACACUCCUGGGUCCCACGCGCCGCGGGGUCGUUACAGCCGAGCACUUGGAGAGCCCGAAGUCUGUGAGCAGCCGCCAUGUCGAUCUUCACCCCGACCAACCAGAUCCGACUGACCAAUGUGGCCGUGGUGCGGAUGAAGCGGGCAGGCAAGCGCUUCGAAAUCGCCUGCUAUAAAAACAAGGUCGUCGGCUGGCGGAGUGGCGUGGAAAAAGACCUUGAUGAAGUUCUGCAGACCCACUCAGUGUUUGUAAAUGUUUCCAAAGGUCAGGUCGCCAAGAAGGAGGACCUCAUCAGUGCAUUUGGGACAGAUGACCAGACUGAAAUCUGCAAACAGAUUCUGACUAAAGGAGAAGUUCAAGUGUCAGAUAAAGAACGGCACACACAGCUGGAGCAGAUGUUUAGGGAUAUUGCAACCAUUGUGGCAGACAAGUGUGUGAACCCAGAAACAAAAAGGCCCUACACGGUUAUCCUUAUCGAGAGAGCCAUGAAGGACAUCCACUACUCGGUCAAACCCAACAAGAGCACAAAGCAGCAGGCUUUGGAAGUGAUAAAGCAGUUAAAAGAGAAGAUGAAGAUCGAGCGUGCCCACAUGCGCCUGCGCUUCAUCCUGCCCAUGAAUGAGGGCAAGAAGCUGAAGGAGAAGCUGAAGCCGCUGAUGAAGGUCGUGGAGAGUGAGGACUACAGCCAGCAGCUGGAGAUAGUAUGUCUCAUCGACCCAGGCUGCUUCCGAGAAAUCGAUGAGCUAAUAAAAAAGGAAACCAAAGGCAAGGGUUCUCUGGAAGUGCUCAGUCUGAAAGACGUGGAAGAAGGAGAUGAGAAAUUCGAAUGACAUGACACUCUCCAGCUCCUCUGCUGGAGCACGACAGAGGACUUUGUUCCCAACAGCAGCAGUUGUUUCUGUGACCGGCCAAAAGCCCUGCUCAAGCAACGUGCCACUUUCCAAUCUUGUGUUAAACAUUUACCUAGGUACUGGGUGUUUCUGUUGUAAACUGGGGUUUCCAGCAAAAAAAUGACAAUCCCAAAAUACAGUGUCCAGAACAGCUCUUCACUGCUGUCUAUGCCUUUAUAGUUCCGCAGGAAAGGUCAGAGAUGCUGGGGGAUAAGAAGGCAGAUUUAGAAUGUGAUAGAUCAUUGGAGAGAAGUCUGUGUGACAAAGAGGAGUGUUUGCUGGGACAAAGAUGUGGUGCUGUUGCAUAAUGAAGUCCAGGUCAGGGGUGUGAGCUUGGAGACUUCCUGGUUCUCUAUAUACAGACAUAUAAUGACUAGGGAAAUUUUGAAUUUUCAACAAACAUGGUACCACAACUGACUUAGAUUAUUCUUGGUAAAAUAUAUAAAGUCAUUAAUACUAAUCCUAAAAAAAGUUUAUAAUAUAUGUUAGUAUAGCUAAAAUUAUACGUAAUCAAUAAAACCUAUUUUUUUUAAGCUC